AACCCUGGAAAACCAGGAAGUGACAGCAGCUAUCUAAGGCACAACAGAAACAACAGUGAUUAUCGAGAGUCGCAGAGUGCCAAACAACCUAUCGUCCACUGAAGACGAGCAGAUAUUGUAUAUUUUAGACGCAGUUCAUGUUGCCAGCUGUUCUGCGGUUUUAACGAUGCCUUCUUUUACCAGCGAGAAACAAACACUGCUCACCUCGGUGUUUUUCUGUGUCGUCGUGCUGUGUGUUAGCUUUGUUAGCCAGGGGGAAUGCCAAACAACUCCGCCACCACCAACACCCUGUUCAGUUUACAAAAGCUGUGACACAUGUGUUCCAAAUGCCAAGUGUCUGUGGUGCUUAACCACCAACAACUGCACAGAAUACCCAGUGAGCUGGUUGCUGCCUCCAGCGUCAGUGUGCCAGUUGUCCCAGGCCCGUUGGGGAGUGUGCUGGUUGAACUUUGAAGCCCUGCUCAUUACCCUCGGGGUUGUGGGUGGAACCAUCCUCAUCAGCAUCGUGGCAUGCUGCUGCUGCUGCUGUUGCUGCAAGAGGCGUCAAUCAAGGCCUGACAGAGAUGAGGAGAGAUAUGCCAGGAGGAGAGAGGAGAUCAAACAGCGCGCUGAUGAACGGAAUUUGGAGAGAAAGGCAAGGCACGAUCAGAUCCGCAAGAAGUAUGGUCUGAUGAGUGACUCGGACCACCCAUACAGCAAGUUUGAGAACGAGUAAAGCAGCUGCACUGGAGGAGUUCCACAGGCAACAUGUGGAGCUGACCCUUAGUUUUAGCUUAAAUGAUGCCCAUUUCUCACACGAGACAGACAGAUACUGCUGAGUGCCCUCAUUCAGAAUGAGCCGCUUCAGAUGGAAAUCACCAUUUCACACUUUUCAAACGACAAACGUAGACAAAAAAAAAAAAAUCUUUUUAAAUUCUUGCUAAGAUGCAGUGUUGUGUGUUGAUGAAUGUUGAAGCUUGUUUUAAAACUUCCUGCAAAAUUCUUUCAUCUUCUAAAAUUUCAUUGUAUGAGUUAUUUCUUUUUAAAUAUUGUAGUUUCAUAUCGGUCUUUGCACUUUGUACAUACAGUAUUGAUUUAUGAAAUCCAAAAUGAUUGUACCACAAAUUUGUUCUGACACAUGAAUAAAUUUCUUCUCUUUUAACAA